AAGGAGAGAAAGAGAGAGUUAGAGAAAUUGGACGGAGACAGAAACAAACAUCGAGAUAUAUUAGCAAACGACCGUUUUGGACAAGGUAUUGAGCCAGAGACUCUUCGUUUGGAAUGGGUUCUUUUAUAUGUAAGCCUUUAAAGGGCAUAGCCUAAAUUAGAUUUGGGAUUGGAAUACUGUUGUCGCCGCAGAGCUAAAUCCACUCGUUACGAACGUUUUGCGCGAGCGGCGAUACAGCGUUUGCCGCCCGGAAGGAGUUUUAUUUGUCCUCCGUUGGAUUUGCAGUGGAAGAGAUGAGUGACAGGAGACGAUCCGCCGCUGCGCUGAGUUCUCGAGCGCACGCCUUUUCGGUAGAAGCCCUGAUCGGGACGAACAAGAAGCGGAAGCUCCAGGGUUGGGCAGAAAAGGAACUGGAGCUGUCUAUGGAGAGCCUCGCGACCAACGGACAAUUGGGAGACGGCGAUGACCCUGCUAGUUGUCUGGAUAUCGAUCCGGAUUCGGAGGCCAGCCCGGGCUCUGACGGUGAGGGUCUGGCAGAGAGGACGUCCUGCUCGUUCGGCUCUCCGGCGGACCUGACCUCUGCCGCCUGCGACCCUUCGCCCUCAGCCUCUAUGGAGGAGAUCCAGGUGGAACUGCAAUGCGCAGACCUGUGGAAACGCUUCCACGAAAUUGGCACAGAAAUGAUCAUCACAAAGGCAGGAAGGAGAAUGUUCCCUGCUAUGAGAGUUAAAAUCGUGGGACUGGAUCCACAUCAGCAGUAUUACAUUGCCAUGGACAUUGUACCGGUGGACAACAAGAGAUACAGGUAUGUGUAUCACAGCUCAAAGUGGAUGGUGGCGGGAAAUGCAGACUCCCCAGUGCCCCCAAGAGUCUAUAUUCACCCAGAUUCUUUGGCUUCUGGAGACACCUGGAUGAGACAGGUGGUCAGCUUUGACAAACUCAAACUCACCAACAAUGAGCUGGAUGAUCAAGGCCAUAUCAUCCUGCACUCUAUGCACAAGUAUCAGCCCCGUGUCCAUGUGAUCCGGAAAGACUUCAGCAGCGAGCUCUCUCCAACCAAACCGGUCCCCACUGGGGAGGGUGUGAAGACGUUCAGCUUCCCAGAGACUGUCUUCACCACAGUCACAGCCUACCAGAACCAACAGAUUACCCGGCUAAAGAUCGACCGCAACCCAUUUGCCAAAGGAUUCCGGGACUCAGGGAGAAACAGGACUGGUUUGGAGGCCAUAAUGGAGACGUAUGCUUUCUGGAGACCCCCAGUAAGGACGCUGACAUUUGAGGACUUCACGAACAUGCAGAAACAACAAGGAGGAAGCACUGGCACCUCUCCCACUACCUCUAGCACUGGCACUCCAUCUCCUUCUGGUGCGACACACCUUCUCUCCCCCUCCUGCUCCCCUCCUACUUUCCAUUUGGCCCCCAACACCUUCAAUAUGGGCUGCAGGGAGAGCCAGCUGUGUAACCUGGGCUUGUCCGAGUACCCUGCUUGUGCCAGAAGCAACAUGGCUGCCCUGCAGGGCUACGGAGGACUGGCGGAAGGCACCUACGGCCGCCUCCAGACAGCAGGAGGCGCAGUAUCCUCUGCUCAGGCCUCAGAUUCCUUUUUGCCCCAGAGGACUUCCUCUCUUGUCACUGCAGGGAUGCAGGGCGGGGCCCAUGCCUCAUUGGCUGCCGGUAACAGCAGUGGAGGCAGCAGUGGGUGUAAGAUGGAUGCAUAUGGAAGUCAGCUGGCCUCUUUUCCUGCAUCCCAGCUGCAGUAUGUAAUGCAGGCAGGAACAAGCUCCGCCUCUGGAUCAACUGCUUCACCAGGCUCCUCCCCUUCCCCCGCCCACAUGUUCCCUGGGAGCCAUCAUCACAUGCAGCAGAGCACUUAUAAUGCAUUUUCCCUUCACAAUCCCUACAACCUCUACGGAUACAACUUCCCAGCAUCACCGCGCCUGGCAGCCAGCCCGGAGAAGCCUCAGGGUGGCUUACUGUGCUCCUCCUCCUCCGCCGGAGCAUUUCCUGAUCGCCAAUACCUGUCCAACAGUAGCAUGGACAGUAUGCACAUGAUCAGCCACCCCACCGGCAGCCAACAGGGUGCCAGCAGCUGUGAUGGGCGCCAGUAUGGCUCCUCUUCUCAGAUGUCCAUGCACAUGGUUUGAAAGAAUUUAAUUUAAAAUAUAAAAUAAAAAUAAACCCAAAACAGAUCAAAACACCAAACAUGAACAGCUGCUAAAGUUGUUUUGCUCAGCUUUACAGGGUUUUCAGUGUUUUAAUGAUUCAAAAUGUCUGAAACAUUGGUGUAAGCAUGAAGCAUUUCACUAUUAUUGUUCUAAUGCCUGCGAGACCAGCCGUUUCAAUGAGGUGUUAUCAUUAUGUAGGACAUAUCAUCUCAUUACACACUUACCUUAUCACUCAUCAGACUGAAAUAGAGUGAAAACAUGACUUGUGUUCAUCUCUUACAUGAUAUGCUGUUAAUGCAAACGGAUAUACAGGCUUCACCAAAUUGACUGUGUUGUUGUUGACCUGCCAACCUCAACAAUGUGCAAAACUGAACUGAAUCAAAUGAGACUCCGUUUUUUAGAAGACGUUCUUAAUGGAUGCUGAUGGGGAUUCAUAUUUGGUGCAAUAAAAACAGCAAUAACGUGACCCCAUAAUGGACUCAGUGAAACCUUCAGCCUGAACAAGAGACAUUCACUAAAAUGUGAGCAAAUAAAUGUCAGUUUGAUUAUUCUGUUGUUGAGGAUGAAUGGUAAAGUAUAUGAAGCUUGUCAUAGAAGACAUGAUACAAUGUAGUUGAACUCAGAAAUGUAAAAAGUGGCAUUUUUCAGAGACGGGAUACACGGAUGAGCGGUCUCGGGAUGGAAAAGAAGAAAAAUACUUCCAUACUAACAGUAACUGUGUAUGUUUCUGAAAAUCUGCUCUACUGGAAUGAUCCUGAAAUGUUGAAUAUUUGCCCAUUGGUUAAAAGUGGAUUAAAAUCCUGGGUGGAUUACCAACAAAAUACAAGCAAUAGUGAAUGCACGCAAAACACAUAGGCUUUAAAUAGUUGUGUGGAUAAAAACAAUAGGAAGACAAGGUAAUUAAGGUAUAUGCUUUGGAGUGUUGUAGAUAAAUAUAUUUAAAUGCUAAGCAAUGAUACAGUUAUAUGGCCAGUUUAUGGUGAAUUCAAAACAGUGUGGGAAAGGAAUGAACUAAUAUUGUUUAAGACUUUUAAGACUGUAAAUACAGGUGCUAAGCACACAAAGUUCAUUAAAUAAACAUAAUAA